AUGGCGUUAAAUCAGAAGCAUGCGCCUACAGGCUUCGAAUCAAACAAAGAUCCCAUAUACGACUCUGAAAAGAACUCGAAAUAUGGCAGUGGCGACAUGGAGAGCCGGGGAAGGCACUCGUCCAGCUUUGGGCAACGUGGUGGAAGAAUCGGUCCUGUACUGAAGCAUCUGAGAGGGACAACAGAGCUUGCAGGAUCUGAUUCUGAUGCCAAUAUUUUGGCCGGGCAAAUCGAGGCCGAGUCCGAAAAUGCAAUCCAGUAUAGAACAUGCAGUUGGCAAAAGACUGCCGCGCUACUCUUCUCCGAGUACAUCUGUCUGGCCAUCAUGUCAUUCCCUUAUAGUUACUCGGUUUUAGGCUUGGUCCCAGGCCUAAUUCUGACUGUGGUUAUUGCUGCAUUCGUCUUAUACACUUCUCUGGUUGUCUGGGAGUUUUGUUUGAGACACCCUGAGGUUCGAGAUGUCUGUGAUAUUGGCCAAAUGCUUUUCUGGGGUAAAACCUGGGCAUGGUAUGCUACUGCGGUCAUGUUCAUCUUGAACAACACCUUUAUCCAGGGUUUGCAUGUACUUGUCUUUGCCAAGUAUCUCAACACCAUCACCAACCACAGCCAAUGUACCAUUGUCUUCGCUGUCGUUGCAGCCAUCAUCUGCUGGUUGUCUUCCCUUCCUAGGACAUUCUCGGCCUUGGCAAACCUUGCCACUGCUUCUGCAUUCUUCACCUUUAUCUCUGUCCUCCUGGCAGCGAUCUUUGCAGGUAUCGAGGCACACCCUGCUGGCUACAAUCCCGAUCCUAGUUUCAUUGACCCAGUAACGGGAAUCCACGGCGGGGAGCCAACUGUUACUGCACUUCCAGUUGCAGGAACCACCUUUGUUGCGGGCAUGAGUGCAUUCCUAAACAUCAGCUACACCUUCAUUGGUCAAAUCACGAUUCCAAGUUUCAUUGCUGAGAUGCGGGAGCCCAAGGAUUUCCCUAAGGCAUUGUGGGCUGUGACUAUUGCAGAGGUCCUCGUAUUUGGUAUCAUUGGUUCUGUUGUCUACGCCUACACUGGAAACCAGUACAACACGGCCCCGGCAUUUGGAUCUCUAGGAAACGAAACUUUCAAGAAAGUGUCCUUCUCAUUCAUGAUCCCAACUCUCAUCUUCCUCGGUGUUCUUUACGCAUCUGUCUCUGCCAGAUUCAUCUUCUUCAGAAUAUUUGAGGGAACCAAGCAUAAGUCUUCCCAUACUGUUGUUGGAUGGGCUGCAUGGGCUGGUAUCUUGGCUGCUACUUGGGUUGGAGCUUUCCUCAUCGCAGAAGUCAUUCCUUUCUUCUCUGACUUGCUGUCAGUGAUGUCCUCGCUCUUUGAUUCCUUCUUCGGAUUCAUCUUCUGGGGUCUUGCAUAUGUUCGUAUGCGAAGAGUGGACGGUGGUGUUACUUGGCUCUCGGACAUGUCCAUCUAUGGAUAUUCGAUGCUAGCGUUGAACCUCUUCAUUAUUGCGAUUGGAGUGUUCUUCUUGAGCGCUGGUACUUAUGCUAGUGUGCAGAGUAUCAUCAAUAGUUACGCUGCGGGUACUGUUGGGGGUGUAUUUACUUGUGCUAGCAACGGUCUAUAG